AUGACACAAACGAGAUUAUCAGAAUACAAGAUGGGCAUCUUCAUUUUGAUGAUCGUUUUGAUGACAUUCGUAUCGGCGAAUAGUGAAUCCAAGGACGAAAACUCCAGCAUAGACGAUUUUGAAUUGCCUAAGGAACGAAAGCCUCUAUUCCGCACUGCUCGAGAAUUACGACGCUAUCUUGAGCAACUUGAUGAAUGGCUAGCAAUUACCGGAAGGCCUAGGUUUGGAUGA